AGAGCUCCCAUCAAAGACAUUCCCAUCGGCCACAUCAUUCCCAAUACCACAGAGUACGUCACCUACGAGGGCUCUCUAACCUAUCCGGGCUGCUACGAGACAGUCACCUGGAUCCUUCUGAAUAAACCCAUGUGGAUCGCUCCAGAUCAGCUAUCUGGUUUACGGAUCAUCUACAACAGUCGAGAGAACGAACCUACUCUAAAGUUGGAGGGGAAUAUUCGACCGGUCAUGCAACUGAACCACAGAGUGGUUCGAACCAAUAUCAACUCACACAGAAGGUCAAAACUAUGCACAUUUGAAAAAGAAAUGUUCUACCAAGUUAAUGGCAAAUAUACAUAUCUUCCUAGCUGGAUUACGUCGUCAGGGUGA